AUGGCGGCCGUGGGCCCCCGGGGAUCCCGGGCCCUCUUCUGGCUCCGCUCGCCGCCGCCGCGCCGCGCCGCCGAUCCGGGUCCCGGCCAGCCGGGCGGGGAGCCGCGGCGGGCGCCGAGCCCUGAACCGCGCGAGAAGCCGCCGGUGCUGGACGGAGAGGCGGCGGGUUCGCCCGCCGGGGCGGCGGCGGCGGAGGCGAUCGUUGCGGAGGGCGAGGAGGCGGGCGCGGCGGCGGGCGCCUUCGUGCGGCGGCAGCUGGGGGCCCUGCUGCAGCCCGCCGUGAACAAGUUCUCGCUGCGCAUGUUCGGCAGCCACAAGGCGGUGGAGAUCGAGCAGCAGCGGGUCAAGUCGGCCGGUUUCUGGAUCAUCCACCCCUACAGCGACUUCAGGUUUUAUUGGGACCUCAUCAUGCUGCUCCUCAUGGUGGGGAAUUUGAUCAUCCUGCCUGUGGGCAUCACCUUCUUCAAGGAUGAGAACACCCCUCCCUGGAUUGUUUUCAAUGUGCUUUCGGACACAUUCUUCUUGGCUGACCUGGUACUGAACUUCCGGACUGGCAUUGUGGUGGAGGACAACACAGAAAUCAUCCUUGACCCACACACCAUCAAAAUGAAGUACCUGAAGAGCUGGUUCCUGGUCGACUUCAUCUCCUCCAUCCCUGUUGACUACAUCUUCCUCAUUGUUGACCUGGAGACUCAGAUGGACUCAGAUGUCUACAAGACGGCCAGGGCCUUACGCAUUGUCCGCUUCACCAAGAUCCUCAGCCUGCUGCGCCUGCUGCGCCUCUCACGUCUAAUCCGCUACAUCCACCAGUGGGAGGAGAUCUUCCAUAUGACGUAUGACCUGGCCAGUGCCGUGGUGAGGAUCUUCAACCUCAUUGGUAUGAUGCUGCUGCUGUGCCACUGGGACGGCUGCCUCCAGUUCCUGGUGCCCAUGCUGCAAGACUUCCCCGAGGAUUGCUGGGUCUCUAUUAACCACAUGGUGAAUGACUCCUGGGGAAAGCAGUACUCGCACGCCCUGUUCAAGGCCAUGAGCCACAUGCUGUGCAUUGGCUACGGCCAGCAGGCGCCUGAGGGAAUGACCGACGUCUGGCUCACGAUGCUGAGCAUGAUCGUGGGGGCCACCUGCUAUGCCAUGUUCAUCGGCCAUGCCACCGCCCUCAUCCAGUCGCUCGACUCAUCACGGCGCCAGUAUCAGGAGAAGUACAAGCAAGUGGAGCAGUACAUGUCCUUCCACAAGCUGCCUGGGGACACGCGCCAGCGAAUCCAUGAGUACUACGAGCACCGCUACCAGGGCAAGAUGUUCGAUGAGGAGAACAUCCUUGGGGAGCUCAGUGAGCCACUCAAGGAGGAGAUCAUCAACUUCAACUGCCGCAACCUGGUGGCCAACAUGCCCCUGUUCGCCAAUGCAGACCCGAACUUUGUGACAGCCAUGCUGACCAAGCUGCGCUUUGAGGUCUUCCAGCCUGGGGACUUCAUCAUCCGCGAGGGCACUGUGGGCAAAAAGAUGUACUUCAUCCAGCAUGGGGUGGUCAGCAUCCUCACCAAGGGCAACAAGGAGACAAAGCUGUCCGAUGGCUCCUACUUUGGGGAAAUCUGCCUGCUGACGCGGGGCCGGCGGACAGCCAGUGUACGGGCUGACACCUACUGCCGCCUCUACUCCCUGUCGGUGGACAAUUUCAACGAGGUGCUGGAGGAAUACCCUAUGAUGCGCAGGGCCUUUGAGACCGUGGCCAUGGACCGGCUGGACCGCAUAGGGAAGAAGAAUUCCAUCCUGCUCCGCAAGCGAGCUGAGCACAGCGCCGGUCCCAUGAACAAUGAGAUGAUCCAGCAGAUUGUGAAGCAUGACCAGGACAUGGCCCACAGCAUCCAGGACCUGCAGCAGAUGACGAUGGGCCGAGAGCUGAGCGGCAAGCCAGUGAUCUGGGAGCCACUGGUGCACGCACCUCUGCAGACAGCUGCUGCCACCACCAAUGUGGCCAUUGCCUUGACUCACCAACACAGCCUGCAAGCCCACAUCUUCCUGCCACCCUCCUCCAUCUCCAGCCCACUCUCACCCGAGGCCACGCUGUUGCCCAAGCAGGUGCGCCGGUCCCAGCCCAGCCUGGGGGGCUCCCGGCCCUCCUCCAUCAGCUCCACCUCAGGACCACAGUCCCACCUGCAGACACCUGCAGCUGGUUCCCCUUCCUCCCCAAUGCUACAGUCCCAGGCGCCCCUGGAAAGCGGGGCCCAGAGAGUGCAGCCCUUGCCACGUGCAGCGCCAAAGGGGGAGCCACCACUGCCAGCCAAGCAGCCCCCAGCAGGCUCGCAGCCCCAGCUCUCCAAGUCCCGCGGUGCUUCGGUUUCCACCUCACUGCUGCAGCAGGCAGCAGGGGCUCCAUCGCCUGUCUCGGAGCCGGCACCACCCACAGGGCGAACACUCCACUACAGCCUGUCCCGAGCCACCGGCUCCCACAUCUCUCUUCUAAUGCAGCCACAACAGCUGGUGAAGCACAGGAGCAUCCAGGGCCUGCCAGUGGGACGGCUCACCCAGGACGUCCGGCUCCUCUCGGCCUCCCAGCCCUCCUUGCCCCAUAAGGUUUCCCAGCAAGUGGAUGGGAGCUCCUUGCAUCAGGGCAGGAAAUCAGUGGGGAACCUGGCCCGCCGCUCCUCUCCCUCGGUAGUGGGACUCCUCGCCAAGCCAUGCCCAGGAGCUGCCAGCCAGCCAGCACGCCCGCAGCAGAUGCCUUCCGGAUCCUCAGUUCAAGCAAGCCGCUCUGCAGCAGGAGCAGCCACCCCAUCAUCACCAGUGGUCGCUGCCCGGCAGCCAGCAGCUCCCUCUUGCAAGGGCUCUGUGGCCUUCAGCCCAGAGCUGGAGACGGGGAAGCCCAAGCUCCCAUCCAACAUGUGAGCAGCCUCUGCGCACAGGCAGGUGGGUAGAAGCCAGGAGAGGCCGGUGCAUCCUGGGAAGGCCCUGGCCCCAGCUGCAUCUGAAGGGAGAGGAGGUGAGCAGCCAGGUGCAGGGCAGCAGCGCCGGGGGCACUACCAGGAUGGGGCCAGAGGGCCCUGAGCCAAGGACCUGCCGCUGCUCCCCGCAUCCCCGCCACCUCCUAGGGGUCCUGCAGCCAAGGCUGGAGCACUCUGGCAUGGUGAGUGCCAAGCAGUGGCACCCAGCACACAGCCCCACAGAAACCCACUGCUAGCCCCUGGUGCUCCCAGCAUGCGGGACAGGGCUGCGUCCCUGGUCAGCUGCCCUGGCUCCUUGAGGGGCCUUUCUGCUCACCUGCUUGGAUCAUUGGCACCAGCACUGCAGAGAGCUGGGGCGCUGCAAGGAGACCCCCAACCCCCAGAGCCAGUAGUUCGCCGUGUGUGUGAGUCGUGGCUCUGCCAAGCAGCUGAGCUCUGCUUAACAGUGUUGCUUUGGGCCCAAACGUGUCUCUGAGUCUGGUUAGAGUAGUGUCUCCCGACCCGCCGCACUGUGCAAGCUUCUCCACUCCUGGCGCCGGGUACCAGGGCUCGGCGCCGAGGUGCCCCUUUGUGUCGUCCUUCUUGACAUGAGUUGUUCAGUUCUCCCCAUCGGCGUUUUGGGACGUCGGGGGCCAGCCUGCGCCACAGGGCCGGGAGCCCGGCCCAGCCCUCAGGGCACAUCGGUCUGGUGGGAGCCCCACCAGUGUGGCCGCCGGAGGGAACGGUCAGCACUGCCUUUUUCUUGUGGACUUGGAUAUCCCUGUCCCCUUAUGGCCCCUGCCGUCCCUCCUGCCCCAUUCCCAUGGUCUGUGUCCUGGCGGCUCCUCCAAAAGAGGUCACAGCCAGAGCGCGCGGAUGCCUCCACGGUGAGCGUGGGACCGCGCUGCUGAGCGCUGCUGGCCUGGGGUCCCGGCUCCGCACGUGGCUCCGAGGCUAGUCACCAAAGACCGUGAUCCUUCACUCUUGCACUCAUGGCAGUUGAUGUACAGAGCUUGUAGUUUUCAUAUUGCAGAGAAUUUAAAAGCGUUUUUUUAUUUUUUGGUUGUUGUACAUAAUGGAUUUAAAUAAUAAAGAGCGAUUCCG